GUAUUCAGGUCACUGUGCUUACUGUGUAUGUGUUCUUGUAUGGACGUUUGUACAUGGUUAUGAGUGGAUUGGAAAGGGAGAUUCUUCAGAAUCCAAGCAUAAAUCAGAGCAAGGCACUUGAAGAGGCUUUGGCUACCCAGUCAGUUUUUCAGCUUGGCUUCUUGAUGGUUCUGCCUAUGGUUAUGGAAAUUGGCCUGGAGAAAGGAUUCCGAACUGCUCUUGGUGAUUUUAUAAUUAUGCAGCUGCAGCUGGCUUCUGUUUUCUUUACAUUCCAGCUUGGAACAAAAGCACAUUAUUAUGGGAGAACGAUUUUGCAUGGGGGUUCCAAAUAUCGAGCUACUGGCCGUGGAUUUGGUGUUUUCCAUGCAAAAUUUGCUGAAAAUUACAGGCUGUACUCAAGAAGUCACUUUGUGAAGGGGCUGGAGUUAUUGAUACUGUUGGUCUUAUAUGAAGUUUAUGGAGAAUCAUAUCGCAGUUCAAUUUAUUUUUUCAUUACUUUCUCUAUGUGGUUUCUGGUUGGGUCCUGGUUGUUUGCACCUUUUAUAUUCAACCCAUCUGGUUUUGAGUGGCAGAAAACGGUAGAUGAUUGGACAGAUUGGAAAAGGUGGAUGGGAAAUCGAGGUGGUAUUGGGAUCCCAUUGGACAAAAGUUGGGAAUCAUGGUGGGAAGGAGAACAAGAACAUCUCAAACACACAAAUAUAAGAGGAAGGGUGCUUGAGAUAAUUCUUGCAUUUCGCUUCUUCAUUUACCAGUAUGGAAUUGUCUACCACCUUGAUAUUGCUCAUCACGUCAAGAGUUUGCUG